UCUUCCUCCUCCACUACUCCUCCACUACCUUCUCCUCUCUUGAACCUACUCCUCCUCUUUUCCCUCCUUCACCUCCUCUCUUCAACCUGCUCCUCUUCUCCUCCACCUUCCCCCCUUCUCCUCCUGAACCAGGAAGUGUUAGCCCAGGUGUAUGCUGGGAUGUCAGUGGGAGGAGCCAGUUUAAUGGAUGAUGCAUUUAACCUUUACUGAAACAUUGUUUUCGUGUCCCGAAUUAAUAAUUGAUCAGAUUAUUGAUCUGCUCUCUAAAAUGAACGCUGAAGAAUCAACCCAGAAUACAUGUGCAUUAUGUUUAUACAUGUGUAUAUGUAUACACAUGUAUUAUGUCUAUUAUCCUCCUGAGAAUGAGGGGAAAUGGUGUCUUUCAACUUCUUUUAGGUUUCACCAUUAAACCAAAAUAAAAGCGUUCUAAUGUGAAUGCUUGUAACAUGCUUUUAUUUUGAAACAACCAAGAAAUGUAGCGAACAAAAACAAACGUCUACUUCCGGUUUCGAAGGUGAAUGAAAUACUGCUUUCACAGUACAAGUACCAUCAUCUAGUACAGCCCAAUGUACAAUACCCUCAGUACUAGCCUGACCAGCCAAUCACAGGAGAGCACUAUGGGUCUCCAUGGUAACGGUGUUUGUGUCUCCAGCGGAAGAGGAAAACAUCGAGUCGGUGUUGGAUGGCGGGGACAUGGAGACACGACCGGGAGAUGGUGCUGAAGGCCCGGAGCCGGCUGUCAGAGAGCUCAGACCCGGUGGAGAGGCUCAGGCUGCAGUGUCUGUCCAGAGGCUCGUCUGGGAUCAAAGGUCUGGGCAGAACCUUUAAGAUAAUGGAUGACAACAACAACCGCUCGCUGGACCUGAAGGAGUUCCUGAAGGGCCUGAAUGACUACGGGAUCCUGAUGGAGAAGCAGGAAGCCACGGAGCUCUUCCAGCACUUUGACCGUGACCGCAACGGCACCAUCGACUUUGACGAGUUCCUCAUCACUCUGAGGCCCCAGAUGUCUAAAGCCAGAAAGGAGGUGGUCAUGCAGGCCUUUCGGAAGCUGGAUAAGACGGCCGACGGGGUGAUCACCAUUGAAGACCUGCGCGGCGUCUAUAACGCCAAGUACCACUCCAAGUACCAGAACGGGGAGUGGACGGAGGAUCAGGUCUUCAGGAUUUUCCUGGACAGCUUCGACUCCCCGUACGACAAAGAUGGAAAGGUGACCAACGAGGAGUUCGUCAACUACUACAGCGGCGUCAGCGCCUCCAUCGACAGCGACGUCUACUUCAUUCUGAUGAUGAGGAACGCCUGGAAGCUCUGAGCCGACGCCCGGUGACCCUCAGGUCACAUGAUGAGCUCUUCUCUACCCGCUGGAAUUAAUCACGUUAUAAAAUAAUGUAGUAACGCUUUAAAGAAUCAGUUUCAUCAGUUUGUUUUCAUGAAUUGAACAUGAUGGAUAUUUACAUCUUUAGAACAGGGGUCAUGAUGUGUAGGGAAACAAUAGGCAGUAUGAUUUCAUUACUAUUGUACUUUAUUGUACGCCAGAGGCUUUGUGUCAAUAAAACCAUCGGGUCAACAAUA